AUGUCUUCCUUGGAAAGACAAGGAGAAGGAAAGACAUAUAUCACUCUACAAUAUCUGUCGAGACUCGCUUUAUGGGUUUAUUUUCGAAACAUCAAAGUUAUCUGCAAAACACCUGUUGCUGCUGAGGGACCACUACUUGUAGCAGCCAACCAUUCUAAUAUGGUCCUAGACCCUAUCGUUCUCAUCGCUACCUUUCCACACUCAAGGCCCUGCCACUUCUGGGCACUUGCUCGAUUCUUUCGUAUACCUAUCGUGGGCAAGAUACUCGAAGCAGCAGGCGUAUUACCGGUUGAUACCAAGACUCACAGCAACGCUAAACUGUUUGAACACACGCUCCAAUCACUCGAUAAAGGCGCUGUCGUAGCGCUUUUUCCCGAAGGCACCUCCUAUACAGCACCUAAUCAUCUGCCGUUCAAGGACGGUAUCUCCUGGGCUUGUUUUGAAUACCUUCAGCAACUUGCAUCGAAACAAGAGAAAGAGAGAGACAGUAUAUCGAUCAUACCCGUAGGAAUCACUUAUAGUACAAAAAAUAAAUGGAGAAGUGAAGUUGUAGUCGAGUACGGAGAGCCUAUUAUUCAAACGAUCGACAAUAUUGAACAAUUUAAUCAAGACCCCAAGACAACGGUAAAGAAAUUGACAGAUCGUAUUGCAAAAGGUGUUGAACAAAGUACUAUAAAUAGUCCAGAUUGGGAUACAACCCAUGCGGCUAAACAAGCGAAAUUGAUUCUCUUUGGAGAUGCACGAGGCGUUAGAUUGGAAGAUUAUGUACAAGUGACGCAGAGUUUUAUCAACCUGCUUCAUCCUGACAGACUAAAACAAGAUGGAUGUCUCUAUAAAGAAGAGCGAAUUGAACUCAAAGAACGACUACUGCUGUUCAAUAAAAAGAUGGAGCAGAUUGGAAUCAACGCCAUGGAUAUUCGAAUGUAUUCCAAACGAGAGAUCACGAUCAGUAUAGCCAGUGUUCGACUACUCACAAAGUGGAUCACACUAUUUAUUCAAAUACCCUUAUUUUUACCUGGCAUGAUCAUUAAUUCCCCUUUUUACCUGCUUGGAAAAAUAGUAGAUCAGUAUGAACCCUAUACAGAAUCGGUAUCCCAAGAUAAACUGAUCUUUUCAGCCAUAUUCGCAUUCCCUGUGUAUGCAGUGUUGGUGUAUAUAUUUGACAGAAUAAGUGGAUAUGGAAAGAUGACAUGUCUAUUAUACAUUUUACUCUUGUUACCCUUAUUCGCUUGGUAUCAUAUGGCCCUUAUUGAUAAAAACUAUGACAUGCUGAAGCAAGCCAUUGCAUCAUGGCGCAUAUUUAUUUCAGUUGUAUAUCCCAAAGAUGAAUCAUUAUUAGAAGAUUGUUCAAGAUUACAGCAUUGGUGUAGAGAUCACAUGAAGCAGUUAUUAUUAAAGCUAUCAGAACAUGAAAGUGAAGCCAGCUAUUUACUAGAAUAUGGAAAGCCUUUAUUUGAACAAUAA